UACGGAGUCGCCAACACGUCUGCUGGAAACAAUUAAAAGGGAUUCAUUAUUCACUCCACUUCUCUGUGAUUUAGAUCGAAUGCUCAGUAAACAUCAGCAACAUACUUGUUACUAAAAGAAAUUCUUAAACUUUAGUCAUUUUUCUUCAGGCUAUCCUCAAAACCACUAAUUCUUUUCAAAUCAUUCUUCAAGAAUAAGCCCUUAAAACGCAAAGUUAAAUUUAGUUUAAAGUGGUUUUAUAUAUAUAUAUAUAUAUAUAUUACUAACAUGAAAUGCUCAUUUACUGCAUUUGUUUACAAGUACAUUGUCUUCCGUAUACGCCUCUCCGACAGUCCACCAAUCAUACGCGUUCCAUAAAUUUCAAAAUAAAAGUUUUUUUUUUUUUUUUUGUUUGUUCCUAAGUUCAAUGCACAUAAAGAUGUAUUGUUUUAUUUAGAUGUAUUGUGUUUUUAUUGUAAUGGACAAAUUAAUAUUUCACUUUCUUCCUCUGAUAUAUGAUUUUUCUAUAUACAUAUAUAUCUUUUUUUCUAUUGUAGGCUAUAAUUAACAAGGAAAUAUUUGUUAAAGUUAGUGACCAACUGGUGUUAUUAGUGACCACUGGUGUUAUUGAGGUAGAAACAAAGCAUGAAUAUACAGUGUAAGGACAGACCAAGUAAAUAUCAUUAGUUGCAAUAUUUAUUAUAGAUGGAAAACUGCAGCAUAUUUCAGGGUUCGUGUGUUCAUUUUAAUGUCACUAAUUCUUUAUUUGUUCAUUUUAAAUAAAAAUAUUUUAUUCAUUCAGUUCAUUUAUUUUGUAUAAAACACCACUUAUUACAAGUACAACAUAUCUCAAUGAGCAUCUUUAACUACAUUUUCUCAGUAACAAUUCUUGGUUCAUUCAUGAUGAAUUUGAUGUGCAAUUGUAGUGUGCUCCCUUAAAACGCACUUCGCUUUCCAACAAAAGUGAAUAGCUGGGUCCGUAAACAGUAGUCCAUAAGACUCAUGUGCUAUGUUCCAUGUUUUCUAAAGUCACACAACAGAUUUAUGUGAGGAACUGACCGAAAUUGUAUGGGAAUACUAGGAAAAUCACUAUAUGCAUAUUUCAGCAGCCUCUGAACUCUGACCUUAAAUUAUUUUCCACAACAUUUUGUAUUUAAUUUUUUUUUUAAAAGGUUUUAACAUUGAUAACACCAAUGCCAUGAAAUCAAGGAACAAACAUACUUUUUAAAUUAUUUAAAUUAAUUAAUAAUUUUGUUUUGCUUUUUGUACACUUGUUCGGCCUUGCACUAAUGCUUGUAUUAAAAAUAAGUACAAAAGAAAUACAUAAAUAACUUUACAUGUCAUAGAAGUGGUGUAUCAGUUGAAGGGGACAAGGAUUUUUUUCAGGCAAUUGACAAUUUCAAAUAUAUUUUCUAAACAAUUAUCAAAACAGAGUCAAGCCAUAUCAUUACCAUUAAAGGUUAGGUUAUAGAAUGAUACCUUUUAUUUAUUCGCUAUUUGAAAGAUUUUUCAUGACUAAAAAAGUCAAGGGACAUGUUUGUCAACAUAUUUUGAUAUUGACCCAAAUGUUGUCAGAAAUAACCUAUUUGGAGAGGCACAAAGCUUUCUUUACAGAAGCUAGAUGGCUCACAAAACUGAAUCCUCCAUUGAUCUGCAUUCAAAUCUCAGAAUGUUUUACAUCUCAUAUAAUUUUUUCACUCUGGAGAGUAAUUUUUAAUUAAAACUGAUAGUUGCAAGGAUUCAUACUUGUUAAAUCCGCCACAGCAGUAUCUAUAAAAUAUAUUUUUAAAUCCUCCAGUAACAAUUGAUUGUGAUUGGCCCAUUCUGAACAGCGCUGCCAAAAGUAACAGGUGCCACGUGACAGCAACGUCUAUGCGCUGCCUGCUUCAGCAGUGGUCUAGUGGUCUGUCGUGUAAAAAUAAAUAAAUACAUUUCAUUUAUUAAACGAUUUAAGCAAUGUAUUUUACGAUUUUCUAUAAUUCUAGAACUUUUUAAGCACCUCUUGGUAAAAAUGGCUAUUUUCAAGGGUUUUCCAGGACUUAAAUUUGAAAAAGCCAAAUUCAAGUACUUUAAGCACCUUGUACGAACCCUGCUAUUUAGUCAGUACUUAAAAUAUAGAGGAGUUAUCAUGCACUGGAUUAAAAUUGUACAUGUACUUCAUGCCUAUCGUGAGGUUGUGUGGGAUUGCCCAGACCUGCAGUAAGAUGGACUUGGCCCUCUACCUGACACCCUACCUGUUUAAGUCAAUCAUUAACAAGUGAGCUCCAGAAGACAUCCCUUUGACUAUAGGAAGCCACCUCUGUGUAGAUUUAGUACACCAUUUUAUCACCAAUCCCCGAUUUUCCUAAGUCUUGCACAUGAUUUAGGUGUUUGGCUUGUGUUUACUCAUUUGAUCAGUUACAUGAGGGGCUCCUAAUCAAGCUGCUUGUUUUGUGAGACGUCGCUGAAUUCACUGAACAAUGAAGGCGAACAACUGUACUUUCAUGGGGGGUGGGAUCCCUCUGUCAUCAGAGUUCUUUAAAGGUAAAAGUUUUAACAGAUGAAAAGUGUAGAUAUGUCAACCCAAAUCAUGUCUAUCUGAGUAAUGUAAUGUCUUUCAUGUGCUUUUCCAUGAUUAAUGAUGGGAAUGGUAAGCUGCUAUGGACAUGGUAUGUGCAGUAACGGAAACUGCUGUAUGUGUUUUGAACGGUAUAUGCAUUGACAGACAACACAGAUGAAACUGCUUAUCAGCAUCAUUCAACAACUUAAUUGUUGGUCAUUGCUGAGUCUGCUACCAUUGUAUCACUGUUUUCCAAAUUCUGAUAUUUUCCUUGUUUAGCUGUUUUCAGGAGUAUUAACCCCCCUUGCAUCUGAGCUAGGGAAACCAGACUUCCCCAUUUCUUAUGGGACUGUUCUGUACUAUUAAAAUGUCUGGAGAAAAACGGCAUCUGUUCACCCUACUUUGCUGUGAUAAAGAUUGUUGUACACAAGCAAUUCAGCUAAUUCAGCCUUGAUCAAAAACGAUCUUUGGCUGUUCCUCCUUCCUGCAGUGUUUGCCGUGCUGCUGCUUGCUCUCUUCUUGGAAGAGAUUGGCUUCUUUCUGCGCCAUGUUCCCUUUCCACGGCGCAGACGUCUCAGCCUGUGGAUCCUGGGAAUGUACCCAGUCUUUGGAAUGAUGUCUGUUGUUGCUCUGUAUGUUCCUCGCUCCUCAUCUCUUUGCAAUUUCAUCGCUUCUCUAUAUCACUCUAUUACACUGUUGAAGUUCAUGGGUCUUAUCAAAGACUUCUUCGGUGGAAAGGCCCGCAUGCUGGAAGCAUUAGCAGGGGAGAAGGUGUCUCCAAACCCCUUCCCCUGUUGCUGCUGCUGCUGUCUGCCUUUAUUUGACAUCAACAAGACCAGUGUAGGCUGGAUGAUGGCUGCUGUCCUUCAGCUUUCUGUGGUCAGAACACUGCUGUUCUUCCUCACUCUUGUCCUCUGGACAGAUGAACAGUAUGACUAUGGUGAUGUGGACCAAGUUAACCCCAACAUGUAUGUCAAUGCUAUAAUUGCUGUUUCCACUUUUCUGUCCUUUUAUGGCUACCUGCUGUUUUAUAAAGCCACAAAAAGAGCAUUGCCUGGAUACAGUCUGCGAGCAAAGUUUAUUUGCAUCAUUGUUGUCCUGGUCCUUUGUGGACUACAGAGUGGAAUUCUAGAGACCAUGGGUGCACUGAAUGUCAUCCCCUGCACACCUCCCUUCUCUGACCUCUUUCGGUCUCAAUUAAUAUUCCACUAUUCUGUUAUUGUGGAGAUGUUCUGCAUCAGCCUCUUUGCACAUCACACAUUCCGGAAAGUUGAGCCCUCUCCUGAGGAGGUUGAUGAAACAGAAGAUGAUGCCAUAAGAGAGCUCUGUGAGAAGGCGAUUCAAACAGAAGACGAGCUGCCAUUUGCUGUGCAGCUCUCCUCUCAUGAGGACGAGCCAUGCCAUUCUAACCAAGGAUACAGCAGUGACAGCGAAGAUAGCCUCUGCAAAAUUGAACAUGCCCCACUGGACUGUUUCCCCUUCCCCUUACAGCACAGACUGCAAACUGCAGCAAGCACAGAGAAAGUUCAUACUAAACCACCUAACAACUCAAUUAGUGUGGAGCUGCCAACAAUUACUGUCAGUGCAGAGAUUAACCAUACUGUCAAAGAUGAUGUUACUGUUGUAUAGCCGAAAAAGAAGGAAAAUAUAUAUAUUAUUUUAUUGUUUUGUAGUUAAUGUGUGAUUGUUGUACUUCACAUGUCUGUGACUCCAUUGUUCCCAAUAUAUAUAUAUAUAUAUAUAUAUACAUAUUUUCAUUAUUGUCCUAAGACUCUGAUGUACAAACAUGGUGACACAAAGGCCAUGUAAUUAUUGUAAAUUUCACUACCAUAACAAGUUUUUUUCCCCAUAAUAAGAUAUAUUUUUAUGUUCUACCAAUGGAUUAAUAUUAUAAUAAAAAGAA